AUGGAAACCCAGCCCAAGCUGCAGGUCGUCGUAAUCACCACCUGUUCACCUACUGAGCGUGAUGAAAGAGGCGCAGUAUCCCGGGCGGGCCUCGGGGCUAAGCGAGAUGAAACAAACGCCCGCGAACCGAUAAUCGAUAGCGGGUCGACGUCGAGCCAACAGUCGAUUUGGCCAAUGAGAAUUGAAGAUUCAAAUGCAGUUUUAGUGGGAAUACUAUGA